UGGGAAUCAAUUUGAAUUCAUUGAAGUGUGUUUCUUGCCAAAACUUCAACAUAGAUAGGAAUGUGAUGAGUGAUGUAGUGACGCGCCUCACAAGAACGAGAUAAUUAUAUAUUAAGAAAGUCAACCUCGUGUCGUGCCUGCCUAGUUAGUACAGCAGGGCUGAUUGUUAUGAAAGCUUCAGGCUGGAAAUCCUCAAAGUGGAAAUAGUAUAUAGUUUGUAUAUGCAGAAAAGCAUUCCAGUUGAAGCGCCACUUCUAGGCGGCGCACCACGACAAAUCUCUCUUGCAUUCAAAGCAGGUCUGUCAUGCUGGUUAACGCAAAUGGGUGCCCUCCUUUGGUGCUUAUCAGCACUCCAAUUCUUAACGCGUAGAAGGACAAUAGGCGGCCGUCAUUGCGUCCUCUGGAGUACAGUCUUUUUUGCGUCGCAUUUCAUGCAUCACAAAUUAUUUCCACGCUGAGGAUUUCCAUUCUGAGGCUUUCAUAAUGGUAAGGAUGUCGACGUCGUCGUGUCUUCCAACCAGCCUACAUGUCCAAGGUGUCCGAGGUAGAUUGUUAGUCUGAAAUUUACAUAAGACUCAAAUUCUACCUGUUAUUAAAAGACGCAUGUAGUUCAUGUUGACCAUGUUUGUCUAGCAGUUCUUACCUUCAUCUUUGUCCAGUAGUUUCUUUCGGGUCAAAACACUGUUUAAACCGAUACUACUUCCCUCCGACCGAGGAGCCAUCAUCUGCAUUUCAGCGAUCUUUCGUCUCCCGCUGGUUUUUGGUCUGAUAGCUUUUUGUUUCAAGAAUAACACCUGCAAAAGAAGCACAGUAGCUGUUGACAUCUGUCAUGCAAUGGUGCGCAGCGGGUCAUCGCUCUGCCAUACAAUUGUGUCAGACCACGCGGCCAGCUGCACGAGGCGCACUAAAAGUUACUUUACCACUUCACUCUCGGAAACGCAAAAACGAGGCACUUAAACUGAGAGGUUCAGGUGCGAAUUCUUUUCACGAAAGAAAGAGAAUGUGUAACGAACAUCGUCUUAUGCUUUAACCUAAUAGGUUAAAGCAUAAGACGAUGUUCGGUCCUAUCUUGCUUAGCCCUCGCUAGCACUAGCAGCUUGAGCGAGCUGGUGUGGGGUCGUCGGUCGAGUGUAGAAGUAAGCGAUACGUAGGCGAGGAGCGUGUACUAUAAAAAUACUGACAUAAAUCAUUUUAGUCGGCUUUGCUCUUUACAAAAAAUUUUUUUGAGUUUGAUGAGAGGUUCACUACAGAAGCGCACAUCAAAAAGAAACACACCACGACAAGUUGUCGUGUGGUCAAAUCGAAAUAUCAACAUCUUUUUCUGAAAUUAUAAUUAAUUAACAUCCAAGGGGACCACGAGGGCGGGGUGGAACAAAAUCAAAAGAACCUUCGGUGAAUCAUGAAGCUGGAAAAAUUAAUGAAACCUCUUUUGUCCUUUUUUAGCCGACGUUCUCUGCCGCGAAGAGCUUUUUUACCCGUGCUCGACGCGCGAGAACUUGUAUGAUUUUUAGUUACAGCCGUGGUCGCGGCUAGAGAUAGUAGUAGAGAUACAACUUCCGUGAGUACUACUCCGGCGAGGACCUCCGAAACGACCUGAUCUGGUCACCAAAGCGGCGGGGUAAAAAAGAGAAACCAAAGAGCCCUGUCGGUAGGACGAAUAAAGACGAGGCAAGCAGGGCGUGGACGAAAGCACCAUCGAGAAGAUACAGCUCCACCACGAAGAAGAAGAUUCGGAACAAGAACCCCCGGACAGUUCAAAAAGUUCUAGUCUCAGCAGCUCCACCUGCCACCACGUCGCUCGGCCUGCAUAUCUUCGCCCAGAAGUCGGCAGCAGAAGAUCGGCUCGCGUUCUGGAAUUAGAUGAUCUGCAUCUGCUCCUGAGCAGACUAUUCACCACGACCGUCUGUUGCUGCUCGAUUGCGACUGCUUCUGCUCCUCGACGUGCAGCUUUAAGUACUACAACAUCAAAGGAGGACCAGCCCCGCGGGUAUUAAUAUCGCAAGAACCUCCUGCUGCCGUGCUGUGUAGAACAGUCCACUUGGUUCAUGAUCUAUGAACCAACUCCGCCGACUUUUUGAAAAGCGAAGCGAACCCAAAAUCAAGAUGGCCGACCAAUCACAACCUACCUCCCCAAGAUCAGGUGCGACAUUUUUGUGUGCUCACGCCGUUGAUGUUCAGCUCUCUCGUAUUCAGUUUAGGAAGCUGGUAUGUGUACCAUGCACUAGCACCACUAGCACUAGUGAUGUCGUCCUACAACUCCUUCUGAAGAUGCUCAUUCUGUUGACCACAACCUUUUUUGACUGAUGUUUAAGUCUUGUAGCUCUUCUAUAAUUUUUGAUAUCGACCUGAGAAAAAGAACAACAUCAGAACCGACUUCCACCUCAUAUGGCCUGUUCAGGUGGAACAGUGGUCUGAACUGGAACAAUGUCGACCCUUCUAAAUUGAAAUUCAAACUUGUCGUGCCUAGACGGCAAAAGCACAGACUAGUCUAUGGGCUGCAGCUUUGGAUGACACAGUUGGUAUGGGGGUAUGCAUUUCAAUGGGAUCGUUUGGAGUGCCGCAGAUUUCAUUAUGCUAGAAACCUCCAUGUAGUUCAUGUUGGUCGUGCGGAACAAGCAGAACAUCCGCAUUUGGCAUCACCAAGAACAGUUCCAGUUGAGCUAAUAGUUCCAGCUGCGGAGGCCAUACCUCAUCCUCCGAUGUGGCCUGUUCGUAUCCUGUGCAAAAGUAUCGUACUCGUAUAAAUGCAUUACAAAUUUCCUCAGCGUGAGAAAUAAAAGUUGUAAUGCGGAUUGACCUUAAGAAAAGGAUUUGUAAUGCAUGACUGCGAUACGAGUACGAUACUUUUGCAAUUCAUAGUUUGUCGUCCGCGUCAACAGCCGCAGCGGCUGCCGACAACGAACUAUCAACUGCAAAAAUGUCUGGGUCUGGAAGAUAAAGAUUCCGAGACUUGUCAUGCAGAUUUUCCAUGAUCCACGUCGUCUGGAAUGCAGGACCUAGCAUGACAGAUUCUGCGAGAUCCCUACCAUGCCUAUCCUGCAUGAGAAACUUUCUCUCAACUUGGUCAAAAGUGAACAGCUUUUGGCAUUCAUGCAACACAGAUUUUUGCACGAUCCAGAAUUAGCAUUACACGUUGCAUCCUUCCAGACCCAGACACUUUUGCAAUGCAUAGGAACGUACCGCUCGCGAUUUACUUCCCGCAGAUGCCCUCAUUCGCAGAACUUUUGUGUCGUCGAGCAGCGUAUCAAGUGCAAAUAUGUCAUCUGGGUCCUGUGGAACAAAGUUGUCAAGAUCGAGCACAGGCGGUACGGAGCCAUGUACCAAGUUUUGCUCCAUCUACUUCCAUCUGCUGCCUACCCUGGAUGAGAAGUCGCAUUUUCAUUUUCGUAUCACAAACGAGCAGAACUGUUGCGCAGCAUGUGUUGUCACAGGUUUCAUUGUCUUGCUAAUAGCUAGUUGUACCCCACCAGCAACAUGAUCACAUGUCUUGCAAUGUUGCAGGAGACCACCACCACGUACCAGACACAUUUGCAAUGUAUACGGCGCAUCGACGCUCAAGGGCGUGCCGCUCUUUAGCAGGUUUCCCAAGGAGGACAUGCCGGUGCUGGCGGAAGCGAUGCAGCUCAAGAAUUUUCCUGCAGGUAAAGUUGUCAUGCGUGUUGACACCACUCCAGUGUAAGAUGUCAAAAUAAAUAAAAUCCAAUACAUUGUCAUGGUUUAUGCAUGUUUUCUUUGUUUUUGAUUCGACACCUGUUCACGUAUAUCAAAACAGAUCACAUUAUCUUCCGGCAAGGAGACAAGGGCGACGCGUUCUACGUGAUUCAGAAGGGUGAGGUGGAAGUUCUGGUGCACCCCCAAAAUUACCUGAACGUGGGCGACAAGGUAAAGUGUCUGAAAGACCUGCACUUUGGCGGGCGAAAGAUCAACAAAGGCAGCUUGGCCACCGUGGACAAGUUUGACGCCAGUCGAGAAUUUCCCUACACGAUCAGGGUAGCCGAGAGUGGGUACCGGGGACGUGUGCUGCCCGAGGAGGUCGGACUAGUAACUCUGUCACUUUUGCUGGAUGAAAAGAUUUAAAAAACUUCUGGCAAUGGCAAUUUAUAAUCGUGGUGGCGAUAAUAGGUAUAGGGAUCAUCAUCUUCUCCACUGUUUCAAAGUUCUUUGUGUUGUUCUUCAAUUGGUCUCCCGCGGCACCAUCGACGACCCCAAGGACUACAUCAAUAAACACGCAUAAGUAUCAAAUUCAAAACGAAAGGUCGAGCCAGUCGCGGGUCCGCCGCCCGACAAGUCAGUCGCAACGCUCCGCGAAGGCGACUACUUUGGGGAGCAGUCCCUCCUAAAGGGCGCCGCGCGGGCGGCCACGGUGCGCACGAAGGGCGAUGUUACGACUUUUUGCCUCACGCGCGACAAGUUUCGGCAGUUCAACCUGUCUUCGAAACUCCACUUCGCGAAGCGAAAAGCCGUCGUUGCACCGCCCUCCGGUGAGGGGAGCGGCGAGGAAGACGGAAGCGGCAGCUCGAAGCCACGGGAACCGCUGCUGCCAAAAACGGACGCGGAGAAGGAGCAGAUCAAAGAGGGACUGCGGGCGAACUCGAAUCUGCGGGCCGUGAUGCAGAUCAACGGCGAGCAAAUGGACGCGCUGACGCUAUCAAAUGUAAAAAUGCCUGGGUCUGGAAGGUUGGAACUUGUGAUGCUAACUUUACACUCUAAAAAAAUCUUUAUUGCAUGACCAGCAAGAGAGGUCUCGUUUGUGCUAGGCGGGGAGGGCGGCAUUUGUCAUGCGGAGUAGGCAUCAGGAAGCCCUCUAAAGAUCUGUGAUGCUAGGUCGUGCAUUACAGACAUCCUGGGUCAUGCAAAAUAUGCAUGACAAAUCUCAGAAUCUUCCAGACCCAGACACUUUUGCAUUUGAUAGACGCAGUGCGCGUACAAAAAGUCCGGGAUCGCCAAGGGCGAAACGCUGAUCAAGCAGGGCGAGCUCUUUGCGGAGAAAUUCUACAUCGUGGCCGAGGGGUAUGAGGGUGCACAACUCCCCCUCCCCCUCAUAUGUAUAGCAUGAACGGCAAUACAAGCAUCAGCAAUAGUGCCGGUACGGUAGUUUUGCGUGACAAAUUUGCUGCACUGGAGUGUAGUGCUAUUUGGGCUCCUACCAGAACUUGUGAUGCAUAAUAAUGAGAGGAGGGAAACAAGUGUGGAGUUGGUGUUUUGCACGAGAAAUGAGAACGAGGGGGAGCACCGGUUGUGCACUCUCAUAAGGGGACGUUUGAGUUCUCCAUCGCGGAACGGCCAGGCAGGGCGGGGAACGAGAUCGACCGGUCGGGCAUCGUCGGGCAGGCCACGCCGGGGAUGUCGUUUGGCGAACUGGCCCUGCUGUACCACGCGCCGCGGGCCGCGACGGUGACCUGCGUGUCCGAGGAAGCGAGCGUGUGGGUGAUUGAGCGGCAGGAUAUCAAAAGGAAAAAUCCCCCCUCCCCAUAUCGAGACGAGGUUUCUGAUGCUGGAUUUCCGUACACAAAUGCGCGCUGUCUUGCAAUACUGCAUCGCAGCCAGAUCUUCAGCCUAGGUAGGGGCGUUUGGGUCUAGUUGUUUAGCAUUGUUGUAAACGGCUGCCCUCUAGACCCAACAGCAUGACAAAUCCCUCCGAAAAGGGCAUGGAAGCCCCUGCGCUUGUCUUCUUGCAAGACAAAUCUGAUUUGUGGCCACAAAUCAGCAACAAAACAUACCUGUUUGAUAUGGGGAGGGGGGAUUUUUCCGCACGAUACAGGACUUCAAGCACACGCUGAUGCAGGCGAACGACAGCAAGAUGGCCACCUACAUGAAGGUGUUCGACAACGUGGACCUGUUUAACGUGCUCACACUCGACGAAAAGGUCUCGCUGGCGGAGGCUCUCACGGAGGUCAGAUACGUAGAAAAGGACAAAAUUGUCGUGGAAGGGGAGCAUGGCGACGCUUUUUACAUCCUCACAGAAGGUACUUGGUUUUCAACAUUUAGACGAAAAAAAAAGAUUGCGUGACACCCAUUCGACGUCCUUCGCGUGUGCGUGCGAUAUUAAGCAUGACAGCUGCAUUCGGUAUAUUAUAAGUAACAUGAAACGCUGGAUGAAUUUUCGAUAAAUGCACCAGGUUCUAUCGACUUCCUGAAGGGUGGAAAGAAAGUCGCCUCGAUCACAGCGUCGCCGGGCGGUGAAGCGCACUGGUUCGGGGAACGGGCGCUGUUAAAAAGUGCGACAAGAGAAGCUACAGCAGUGGUAUAAUGUAUCAAGAAUGUUGAGUUCACAACCGUGCGCGUGUUGUUAAUUUUAAUGUCCACCUUGUCAUUCUAUAUGCACCGACACCUAGAUCUAGUACUGCUCCCGCACUAUAAGUAGAAUGACUUAUCUAUGAGGUAGCCGUAGCUUCUUACUUAAUCAUGACAAACGCAACUACACAAAAGGUCACGUCUGCUUCCUGUUCUUGUCUCGCAUUGACCCGCACCCGUUUCGACCACCUGCUCGGACCGUUGCAGGAAUUAAUGCAGUAUCCUGUGAAGUUUGAAAGUAUCGCUCGCGUGGAUGACAGACGCGCACGAAUUUUUCUUUUUGAUUUUUGCACUUGUAGAUGACAAUCUACUUGCGAGCACAGGGAAUCGUCCGAAGUAAGUUGGUUCAGUAUGAAAUGGAAGCUUCAAUGAUAAUCGCGGUGCAGCAUUUUAUACCUCGUCGGUGCGCGACCGCGAUACUCGUGGUUUUGUUCCGUGCAUAUUUGGAAGAAGAUCGACGAGAAAGCAGCCCCGAAGCAGACCCCGGCCAUGCUGGGUAUGGCGUUCUCAAGCGUUCUUAGACCAAUAUCGCCGUCGCAUGAUUUUUCGGAUUUGAAUUUGAUGCCAUGCAGAAUUACUAUGAUCUUCAUCACACUUUCUGCGUCGUGCCCGUGCGAUCAAGCUCCUUCGCAUAUCAUGCGAAGGAGCUUGUGCAAGUUCUGUUUUCGACGCCGCGCCCAUGGUCAUCCGCAUUGAAACGUGGAGUUGAAAUGCAAUACGCACAAACCGCUUUCUUGGUUUGCUCUCAACAUUGUCCUUGCAUCACAAAAAAUCCAUGCAAGAACAACAGCGAUCACAACUGAUGUAAGAGCUUUUGACAACGCCAUUCUCCGCACGCGACCGAAGGUGGACCUGAACGACCUGAAGCGGCUUGGGCUGCUCGGUUGCGGGGGCUUCGGUGCCGUCACGCUGGAAAAACACAAGCGAACCGGGGACGUGUAUGCGUUGAAGGCCUUGUCCAAGGGGUACAUCGUGAAGAUGAAGAUGCAGAAAGGCGUGAUGCGGGAAAAGGAGAUUCUAUCAAAUGCAAAGAUCAACGAUCUGGGUCUGGAAAGACGGAGCGGAUAGUUUCAUCUGUUGCUGAGUUUAGCAUGCCAGAGUCAAGGUGGAGGUCCUCUGUUCGAUCCAGCAUGCGAGCAUGACAAAUUUUUCCUCCGAGCGGGGGCUUGUUCCUUGUUCCUCUCGAAUUUAGUAUUCGUAAUUCGGGAAGUUCUGCAUGAAUGCACACAGCAAGUAGAAAACCCGCCAAUCCGAUUCAUGCACUGCAAAUUUUGCUGUCCUCCCUUUCCUUCAAAGCUCGCGUCUUCCGAGUAAAUUCAGACCCAGACAAAAUUUCGAUGCAUAGAUUCUCCUGCUGUGCCAAUAUUGAGAGGAAAAAUCCCCCCUCCCCAUAUCGAAAAGGUAUCUUUCCGAAAAUUUGCGCUGCUGAUUUGAGGUCACAAAUCACAUUUGUCUUGCAAGAAGACACGGGCAGAGCUUCCGCCCCAUUAUGGAAGCGAUUUGUCAUGCUGCUGGGCCUAAAGGUCAGCCGUUUGCAAUGCUGAGCAACUAAACCCAUACGCCCCUACCUAGCCUGGGGAUCUGGCCGCAAUGCCUUCCUGCAAUACAAAUCUGAUUUGUGUACGCAAAUCCAGCAUCACAGAUUUCCUUUUUGAUAUGGGGAGGGGGGUUUUUUCCUUUUCAUAGCCAAUCGAAGUUCAUCAUCGCUCUGUACCAGACAUUCAAGUCGAAGGAGCACCUUAAGCAAUACAAAUUUACCGUACAUAGGGACGAAAUGCAUGACAAAUUAUUUUGACGGCUCAAUAAGCAUAAAUUUGCAAUGCUGAACAAGUGUUAACAGAACAAAUUAUACUAGACCUUUGUCAUGCAUAUAAUUUCAAUUUGCGAAGAUCAUUUGUACGUCGUGUAGUACGGCGAAUUUAUUCUCGAUACGCCUCUUUUUCCUGCUUGAACCCGCAAUGGGCGGCGAGCUGUUCGCGACCUACCACAAGAGACGGUUUCACGGGUCGGUCUCCAAGGCCCGCUUUUACUCCGCGUCGGUCGUGCUUGCCUUCGAGCACUUGCACGAGCGCAACAUCGUGUUCCGAGACCUGAAGCCGGAAAAUUUACUGCUCGACGUGAAGGGCUUCUGCAAACUCACCGACAUGGGUCUGGCAAAGGUACAUUUCGUCGUCUUGGAUAGCUGCAUUUACAGUGUUGACAUCGACAAUUUCGUGAUAUUAUACAACUAGCAUGUCUACUAGAACUAGUACUAACUUUGUCUUUGGUUGUAUCAGUAGCAUCUACAACAUCAACAUCUUCAAUAUCGUCCGACUUUUUGAUGUAGUCAGCAAUUUAGAUGAAAAAAAAAAACUGGAUCAUAGAUCCUAACUUCUGGGAAAACUUACACGACCUGCGGAACACCGGAUUACUUCGCACCGGAAGUGUAUCACGAGAAAAAAGUGUUACAGUUACACAUUUGUUGGAGUUUCUGCAUCACAAAUUUUCUCUGUGUGGCACAGAAAACUUGUGAUGCGAAGAUCAUACGGGAAAACAGGAAGGAAACGAGGCUCCCAAGCAUUUCCUACAUGAGAAAGGUUGUCUGUGUUGCCGGUCUUGCAACGCAGUGUGUAACUGUAACACUUUUUUCUUGCGAUAAAGUGAUUCAGCAGACCGGCAUGAACAAGGCUGUGGACUGGUGGACACUGGGAUAUGAAGGCCUCAGAAUGGAAAUCCUCAAAGUGGAAAUAAUUUGUGAUGCAUGGAAUGCGAUAUGAAAAAGACUGUAUAGCAGAGGACGCAAGGGAGGCCGACCAUUGUCCUGCUAGGGGUGACGAAUUGGAGUGCUGUUUAGCAUGAGACGAGAGGGGCACGACCCCUUUGCCUUGUCUGUCAUGCCAUGACAGACAUGCUUUAAGUGCCCGGGAAAUUUGUCAUGCGCCGACUACAAAUGGCGCUUCAACUGGAGUCGUUUUUUUGCAUUACAAAUUAUUUCCACUUUGAGGAUUUCCAACCUGAGGCUUUCAUAUGGGAAUUUUAAUUCACGAGCUGCUUUCCGGGCACGCACCGUUCGACGCAAAGGAUCCCAUGGAAACAUACCAGGUAUUUACGAAUAAUUUUAUUUUUUUUUGAUAUUUUUAUAACAAUCAGACUACAACUCCGAAAGGAAGAUUUUUUCUUCUCAUGUUGACGUACUAGUUGUACUUGUAGAAGCUACACGGUUGUCAACCAGAUCAAUACCAAGAUCGAGAACCAGGAAUAAACUUGAUGCUACGUCGUGAAGAUGGAUUACAAUUUUUAGAUGUUUCGUGUCGUGCAUUUGCAUUUGUCCGUGUUUGUUGUGGUACUUUGUUGAUGGAUGUUUGUUCAGUGGUUGCCUGACAACUUCCUUUGACUCUCGUACUUCGAAUCUAUACCAGAAAAUCGUCCGUGGUGUGAACGGCGUGAACUUUUCGUACCGCGAGCGCGACCCCGACGCGAUGGACCUCGUGAAACAGCUCCUGAAGCACUGCCCCUCGGAGCGGUUACCAAUGCGAAGUGGGGGCACGAAGAAUUUGAAGGAGCACCUGUGGUACCGGGCGUUUGACUUUGUCGCGCUCGAGAGCCACACCGCGCGCCCGCCCUACAUCCCGGAAGUGCGGGGAAACACGGACAUGAGCAACUUCCGAGCGCAGGAAGCCGACUUGCCACCCCAGAUUCCGUACCGAGACCCAGGCACCGGCUGGGACGACAACUUUUGA